AUGGGCCGCGAAAAGAAACACAAUGGCCCUGGCGCGGCACCAGGCGCCCAUGCCAAAGAGCGGCAUAAGAAGAGGCUUCGAGCUCAAACCAUAAGCAAUCCGGUGGUUUUGAAUGCGAGGCCAGAAGUUCACAACUUGAAAUCUAAACACCACUCGUACUACGAGAUCGUCGAGAACAAAGACAAGAAGAAGAAGCUGGAGUUCGAGAUCACCAGCAGGAGAACGCCGCCGCCAGGGUUCGAAUUCGUUCCCAUCGGCAACCCCGAGUUGACAAAAACUUGCAAGGAACUGUCACGCGAGCAUGACGCCAUGAUUUUCAUCGUAUCCAAUGGCACGGGCGGCGGCCUGUCCCAGCAAAUGAACCGUGUCGGCCACCACAUACGACAGGGCAUCGUUGAGGAAGCGCGCAGAGAAGUUAGCGACAACGGCAACUCCUCAGACGAUCAUGCACAGUCUGGUCUACCAGAACCGAUCCCCGAAAAGGCCGUUGAAGGGCUCUGUCUGGAUGUGCUCGUCAAGUGGCGAGGCGAUGAGGAGACUGGCCGUGACCAGCUAGACGAAAUUCUCCGGGAAGUGAUUGUUAUAUCUGACUCUGAAGGUGAAGAGGAUGGUGACGAGGACGGCGACGAGGACGACGAGGCCGAUAGUAGCGGCGUUGAGUCUGGAGAUCUUGCCGCGGAGCCCAGCUAUCUCCCAUAUCCCGCGGUGCCACAGCCCCGAACGCGCAAGGACCCUGAGACAGCCUUGGAGCUGCGUCACACGCGGCGUCCGUUGGUCUACGGCGAGCGUGCGACGUGGCGGGAUGAGCCCGAUUACAGUUAUGCCCGCCCAACCCGCCCGUAUAUGCAGGAUCUCACUGCUGCCCAUCGUGCCAGGCGGGGUUUCAAGCGGUACAAGGCUGCGCUAUCUGCGCGUUGGGGCGAAGCUGUUCAUCGGGCUCGUCACCAACAAGACCAUCCACAGGAAGCGCCUCCUCGCAUAGUCGAGUAUCGGAGCCAUUCCCAGCAAGGCAUACUUCGCCCCGAACAAGCUCCUGCGUCGAAUCAUGUUUACUAUGCCAGCACAGUACAGGACUCUCCGCAACUUAGGGGCGGCGACGGCCGCACCUUGCAGCCAUUAGAAUAUCCAACAAGGGGCCCGAUCCAGACCCUGGUGGCCUCGGAUACCACACUCCAGGGAAGCCCUUCGGGCGGUUUAUCAAGGGGCGCCAGCCCACUUACUGAUCCACGACAGACACAGCAACCGCAGAGGGCUGUAGUACGAUCAAUUUUUGUUCGAACUGUAUCCCCUCGGCAGGUAUCACGUCCUCCGAAAGGCCGUGUAGAUGAUAGGCGGACCCAGUACGACUCGCGCAACUCACCGGGCUGGGGCGGAGAACCAGGGACCUUGAAGCGCAGGCGCGUGGUGGACGAUGAGCCGUAUUCUCCCCAUGGAGCGCCUCUUCAUGCAGCCGUCCCUAUGCGCCGUCUGGCAAGUGAUGGAUGGAAGCGGGCACCCGCCUAUUAUGCUGUGUCGCGACCCCAUGAAGCACCGCCUCACAUACCCACCGACCAAGACUCUCGCGCGCACGUCGCUCUGCGACAGACGCACCGCGUUGCUAGGAUCCCUGUGUCUGCACCUGAAGGACGGCCCUAUUAUGAAAGUCCCGGGCUGGAGUUGCCUUUGGGAUCCGAACGUGCGCCGAUUGUUUUAGAUGACUCGGAUAUGGACCGUCCUCUGGCCGCGGCGACAUACCCAGUUCGGGACUACCGUGGGAACAUUAUCUCGGAGCACCGGGAGCAGCCUUAUCGAGAUGUUGAGGUUCAGCACGCACCGUUCGUUGAAUAUCGUCGGCCUCCAUUGGCAGACUACGCUGGCCGUCCAAAUCCUGAAGGUCCUCCCAUAUAUAUUGAGAGCACGCCACGGCCGCAGGAUCCACUUCCUAUCCAUUUGGGACCAAGCGCCAUCGAUCGGCCAGGCGUUUACGAGCGGCAGCCACCGCCACACAACGCACAGGAGCCGCGUCCUGUAGUAUACAAUCCUCCUGUCCCUCCUGUAUACGACUCUGCCCUUUCUCACCUACAUCACCAGGACGUUCACGAGCCUGCUCCAAUGUUUAUUAGACCUGUGGUGCGGCAUAGCCCACGGCCAUUGGCAGAGGUCCAAGGGCAGCCCCAAUGGCACCACAACUCUGGUGCAACCCAUGACUAUCAGGCACAUCCUCCAGCCGCAGGUUCUUGGGCGCAACCGCCUCAAGCCAGUGCGUACGAUGCGCCGCCAACGUACCCACCCUACCCUCCACAUCCAGCACAGCACCCAUUGAGCAGCUAUGACUAUGGAAGCCAUGCAGAGCACCACAACCAGCAUUACAAUCAGCCAGGUCAAUAG